CGCGGGCGCCUCCCCCCCCGCCCCGCCCCGCCCUCGGCGCAUGCGCGCUGGGCGGCGGAGGGCCCAGGCGGCGGAGGGAAGAUGGCGGCGGUGGUACAGAAUGUAGUCAAGCUCCUGGGCGAGCAGUACUACCGCGACGCCAUGGAGCAGUGCCACAACUACAACGCGCGGCUCUGCGCCGAGCGCAGCGUCCGCCUGCCCUUCCUCGACUCCCAGACCGGCGUCGCCCAGAGCAACUGCUACAUCUGGAUGGAGAAGCGUCACCGCGGCCCAGGUUUGGCUGCCGGGCAGCUCUACUCCUACCCGGCUCGCCGCUGGCGGAAGAAACGCCGCGCUCAUCCCCCGGAGGACCCGCGGCUCUCCUUCCCCUCCAUUAAACCAGAGGCCGAGCAGGCGCUGAAGAAGGACGGGCUGCUGGCGGCGGACGGCAGCAGCCUGGAGGCCCUGCUGCGCACGGACCCGCUGGAGAAGCGGCCGCUGCCGGACCCGCGCCUCGACGACGACAGCCUCGGCGAGUUCCCCGCCGCCAACAGCCGGGCCCGCAAGCGGAUUCUGGAGCCGGAUGACUUCCUGGACGAUUUGGACGAUGAAGACUACGAAGAAGACACGCCGAAGCGGAGAGGGAAGGGGAAAGCCAAGGGCAAAGGUGUCGGAGGGGCUCGCAAGAAACUGGACGCGGCCAUUUUAGAGGACCGGGAUAAACCGUACGCUUGCGACAAUAGUUACAAACAAAAGCAUUCCUUGAAACCUCCUGACCGAGUCUGCGGGAAGCGUUACAAGAACCGGCCGGGCCUGAGUUACCACUACGCUCACUCCCACCUGGCCGAGGAGGAGGGUGACGACAAGGACGACUCGCAGCCCCCGACGCCCGUCUCGCAGCGCUCCGAGGAGCAGAAAUCCAAGAAAGGCCCCGACGGCUUGGCCUUGCCCAACAACUACUGCGACUUCUGCCUGGGCGACUCCAAAAUCAACAAGAAGACGGGGCAGCCCGAAGAGCUGGUCUCCUGCUCCGACUGCGGCCGAUCCGGCCACCCCUCGUGCCUGCAGUUCACGCCGGUCAUGAUGGCGGCCGUGAAGACGUACCGCUGGCAGUGCAUCGAGUGCAAGUGCUGCAACAUCUGCGGCACCUCGGAGAACGACGACCAGCUGCUCUUCUGCGACGACUGCGACCGCGGCUACCACAUGUACUGCCUCACUCCCCCCAUGUCGGAGCCGCCGGAAGGGAGCUGGAGCUGCCACUUGUGUCUGGAUCUACUGAAGGAAAAAGCCUCCAUUUACCAGAACCAGAAUUCCUCCUGAUCCGGCUCCGCGCGGCGGGGGGAAAACAGGAAAACGAGGAGUUCUCCGCUACCUACAGGGCUCUGUUACUCUAUUUUCCCUUUUUUUUUGCUUUUUUUAAGUCUUUCCUGUGUUUUCCGGUUGUUUUUUUUAUUAUUAUUAUUUGGGAAGGGCGGGAAUUGGGGUGUUGGGGGGGUUUUUGGGGGGUUUUUUUUGCUUUUCCCCGCGCGCGCGUGCUCAUUUCUCUCCUUCACGAAGCAGAUCCGAAGGCGGGGAGUUCGGUUUUCCCAGCGGGAAUCCGCUCCGGGGCUGCGCGCUGCCGGGAAAAAACCCGGCGAAUUCCUGAGGAGAUGCCGACGAGCCGGAUUCGCCUCUCGGGAGCUGCCGGCGCCAAACGCUGCUUCGGCCUCGUCGUCCUCCCGCCGGGAGAGGGACAUUCCCGCGCUCCGGCUUCGCCGCUGCUCCGAGCGGAAAAACCGCGGGAAGAGGGAGAAAGCGGGAAUCCGCUCCGAUGGCCGUGGCUUCCUCCAGCCUUUUCCAAACCUUUUUUAUUAGGUUUUUUUCCGGAGGGGGGUUAUUUUCCGUUGCUUUUUUUUUAUUUUUCCCGCCCGCUCCCUGGAGGAACCGCCGCCGGCCGGAGCACCGGCUCCGCAUCCGUGUGUAUUCCCACCGGGAUGAGGCCUUAGCUUCCACCCUCCGACCCCGCAAACGAGGGAAAAUCCUGCGUUCCCAGGUUUUUUCCCCGAUUUAGCCGAAGCGGCAGCACCGCUCAGACGUGCCGGCUCUUGCCCGGAGUCGCCGGUCGUGCGGGGCUCGAAUCCGCCAUUUCCCGGCGCUCCGGAGCCGGGAACGCCGACGCCCCUUGCUCGGAAACCACCGUGCUGGGAAAUUUCGGGGCCGGAAAGGAGCUUUUCACCCCAUUUCGGAGCGGGAGGAGAAGCCUUCGGCGCCGGCCGCCCCUCGGAUCCGGCAGCGACGCUCCCGGCACGGACGCGCGGGAUGAGUUUGGGAAUUUUUUUCGGGACAGCCCUCGGAGAGGCCGGCGCCGCCGCAUCUCGGUGACGGAAAUGUGCCUGUUUUGUUGGGUUUUUAUCCUAAAUCCGCUUGGAAACCUACCUCCGCCCCCCCCCCUUCCGACGGCGCGCCGCGGGGAAAGGGAUGAGCCUGGAGACGCCAUUCGGGAUCCCUCCGGCGGGAUCGUGUCCCGGAGCGGCUCCGGAACACCGGGACGGGCCGAGCCACCGAUUCCAGCUCGAAAAUGCCGAUAAUGGUCAAAAAGGCUGAUUCCGGCUCAAAAAUGGGGCUGCGGAAGUGGCGGCCGCCCGGACUCUGCCGCUCCGGCUUUUCCCCUCCGCUUCCGCGCGAGCGACCCGGCGGGAUCCGAUCCGGUAACGGCCAAAAAACGCUGAUAACGGCCCCAAAAUGCCGGGAAUGGACCCAAAAACAACGGUAACGGCCCCAAAACGCUGGGAACGCCUCAAAAAUGACGGUUAUGGCCCCAAAAUGCUGAUAACGCCUCAAAAAUGCUGGUAAUGGCCCAAAAAUGGUGGUAACAGCCCAAAACCGCCAGUAAUGGUCCCAAAAUGCCGAGAAUGGACCCAAAAACGAUGCUAACGGCCCUGAAACGCUGAUAAUGCCUCAAAAACGACGAUAAUGGCUCCAAAAUGCUGAGAAUGCCUCAAAAACACCGCUAACAGCCCCAAAAUGCUGAGAAUGCCUCAAAAAUGAUGAUACUGGCCCAAAAACGCCAAUAAUGCCUCAAAAAUGACGGUAACGGCGCCAAAACGCCAAGAAUGGACCCAAAAACGACAGUAACAGCCCCCAAACGCCGAGAAUGCCUCAAAAACAAUGAUAACGGCCCCAAACCGCCGGGAACGGCCCCAAAAGGCGGGACGGCAGUGGCCGCCGGGGCUCGGUUUUGGGGGAAAUUUGCGCAGUUUUGGGCUGGUGGCUUUCGCACUGCUUCUGCACUUCCGAGCGCUGCAUUUCGAGGCCAAACUCCGGGAUUUGGGGGCCGGUGAAGCCCCCCUUCCCUGCCCCCCCCGCCACCGCCGAGCUUCACACGUGUCUUAGCCCGCCUGCCCCGGGGAGAAAAAAGGAAGAAAAAGGAAAAAACGGGAAGAAAAAGAAACCCACGACACCAAAACGGCUUGUUUUCGUAAUAAAAAGGGAAAAAAACGAAAAAA